CUUUCGCUCAGUUCACGCGAGCACCAUGACUGACCCAGGACCAGCGCUGCGCUCCUCCGCUGUGCGCCUCUCCUCCGCUCUGCCACGGAACACAGUCAUCUGAAGGAAAAGGAAUAAAGGAAGAACUUAAAAAAGAGCUUAAAGUAGACAAAAACUUUUAAACCGGGAUCCGUUUUGCUCUGUGGCUCCUCACCUGCUCCAGUCAUGCGCUCCUCAGCUGCAUCUCCAUCCCUCAUCCCUGUGCUUGGCCUCUUCCUGCUUCUCCCUGGGUGCUGGUCUCGCCAAGAAUGGGUGCUCCAGAGGGUCCCGGUGGUCCUCCCCCAACAGACUGAACUCGGCCCCGCCCCCCACUUCCUGUCCCAGGCUCGUUUGGACGUCAGCUCCUCCUGUGACCCAGACUGCCAUAGGAAAGCCCCCAAACCGAGCUACUGGGACCUCCGAAAUAUUUUAUCCUACGAGACGCUUCACUCAAACGGGAGUCUAACCUCGACUUCUGUUGGGAUCUAUGGCUACAAUCCAAAUUCUGAUACAUCUAUGCUUUACAAGGCGAGGUCUCGGGGGAAGAGGGAGGCGCAUGUGAGGAGGAAAAGGCAGAUCUUUGGGCAUGAUGGGAGGUUUAGUAUUGCGGGCCAGGACUAUUUGCUCCAGUUUCCUUUUUCAGUGGCGGUUAAACUGUCCACGGGAUGCUCUGGGACUCUGGUGGGGAACAGGCACGUGCUCACAGCGGCUCACUGUGUCCACGAUGGAAAGAACUACGUGAAAGGAGCUCAGAGACUCCGAGUGGGCUUCCUAAAACCCAAAAAUCGUGACGCACAAUCGACAAAUCUCUUCUUAAAUUUGACCAAUCACGCUAGUUCACCGUAUGCACCUCCAACUAAUGACAAAAUGAAGUUUCAGUGGAUUCGUGCCAGGCGUACUCAUGUGCCCAAAGGCUGGAUAAAAGCCAACGCUAACGACAUUGGCAUGGACUAUGACUAUGCCCUCCUCGAGCUGAAAAAGCCCCAUAAACGUCAUCAUAUGAAGUUAGGAGUGAGCCCACCUGCCCAGAGACUACCUGGAAGAAGAGUGCACUUUUCUGGAUUUGAUAAUGAUCGACCGGGGCAUCUGGUUUACCGUUUCUGCCCGGCUGGUGAAGAGACCCCUGACCUGUUGUAUCAGCACUGCGAUGCUCAGCCCGGGGCCAGUGGGUCGGGGGUCUAUGCCCGCAUGUGGGACCCCCGACGAGGCAAAUGGGAACGCAAAAUCAUAGGGGUUUUCUCUGGCCAUCAGUGGGUGGAGAAGCAAGGGGAUUCCCAGGACUACAAUGUGGCAGUCCGAAUCACUCCUCUAAAAUAUGCCCAAAUCUGCUACUGGAUCAAGGGGAACUUUGUGGACUGUAGAGAAGGUUGAGAAGACCUAAGAAGCAGAAGACGAGAAGAGAACAGAAAUGCAUUUAAACGGCCCAUACUACGCUACUUUCAGAUCUAUGUUAUAUGUUUGCUCAUCACAAACAUACCUGGAGUUGUGUUUUGUUUCAUUCACACAUGUUUAACACACAAAUCCUGCAUAUUAAGUGCUCCACUGUGUUAUUAAAUUUCCUACACCUUCACUAGAACAAUUUGGAUAAUAUCUCUACUGAACAAAACUUGAAAACUACUGCUUCAUGUGGCUUGGGAAAUGUAAACAGACUGAUAAUUAAGGGUUGGUCAAAUGUGUGAAUGAAACAAAACACAAAUCCAGAUACGUUUUUGAUGAGGUAACAACAUUAUAACAUGGCUUAAAGCUCUCAAGAGUUAAUUCUGUGUAAUAUAGGACCUUUAACCUAAAUUGGUUAAGACAUCAGCCACAGAACAAGCACUGAUUAUUGUGAGAAUUACAAUAAAGCCCAAGCCAGAGAUAAGAAAAGAGUGGUAUAAGUGUUGAGCCUGAUGGCAAGCUGCAAGUUUGUGAGACACCAGUAAACAGUAGAUAAAUAUAAUAUAGAAUGUACAGUAUGCAUAAGUGCCUUUUUGUUUGGAUUGUUGUCUAGUUUAUGUGGAAGUAAUUAGAAAGAGGUUGUAACUUGUAAGUAUAUGUAUGAUGUUAUGGGAGCAGCUUUAAAAGGUGCACUGUGUAACUUUUCUGUUGUUGUCUCUAUGGAGAUGAUUUCUUUGCCUAGAAGUUUCCACCGUAUGGCACCAAACUUACCCAUCUCCAUGUAGACAAGUAGGAAGUGCGACCGGGCCAAGUUAUAGGUUAGAUCUGUGGAGUGGCAAACCUGCUCAAAGAACGAAUGUAUGUUUUUUAAAGAUUUUUUUUUUUUUCGCAAUAACACCUGGAAUGGAAUAAAUGCAAGAAAAAGAAGUUUAACGACAUUUGAAGAAGACCAUGGCACCAGAAAACGAACACAUUGCACCUAUGAAUCUCAAUUAUUAUUUUCUUAUUUGCUGCAACAUUCUUUUUGUCCCUUUGAACCUCCACCCAGAACAGUCAGAGGAUUUCUUACCAUCAUAAAACAACUAUAAAGACAUUAAACUGACAGACUUGCUCAGAUUUUACAGGCUGACCUCUGAACUGUGCGUGGAGCAUCAUUUAAACUGUAUCCUGAGAUUGCACUGUAAUAAAUUUCUACUGAUGCAUUUGAAUGUAUGAAAGCAAACUAAGGUGCCUUGACUUUCAAAUGUGUGUGGACUGGGUAAUGUUCUCACGGGAGCUUGGCAGAAGUCAAUUACAAGAAUGUAUAAACACUUGGCUCCCUCUGGUGGUCAAGUCUGGAGACAACACACGUGAAUGCAAUAAACAACAGCAACCA